CACAGUCGAAGUCGACAGGCGAGAAAGUAGCGAAGUUUGUCGCGGAUGCGAAGCUUGUGAAGUGAAAAUUCCCGAUCGCGGGCGUGAAAAAUGUGCGCGACGCAGCGCUAAAUCAGCGUCUCGAAUGCGUGCUUCAAUAGACCGAAUGUGAAUAGCGCUGCUGGCCGAUUGUUCGCGUUCCGCCGAAUGCGCGACUAAAUAUGGCCCGAUUAACAGUUAUGUUCGUGCAAGAGCUCGCGUGAGCGACAAUGCUCGAGAUAUUGCAAAUGUUUCUCUUCCUCUUCAAAUCCAAGUAUCGCAGAAAAUGCCUCUUGCUGUUGCUGGGGGCGGUCGUCUUCGUCGGCUGCUUUGCGCUCGCGGACAGCAAGUGCAGCAGCGCAGAGGACUGCGGCGGGCACGGCAUCUGCCUCAACGAGACCUGCGUCUGCUACGACGGCUGGCAGGGUUUCCAGUGCCAAUACUGCGGAGGAAAAGUCAGGCUUGGGACAUCCAAUGGAACAAUCCAUGAUGGUUUUGGCAAUUACUCAAUUGGAGUAAAAUGCAGCUGGUUGAUUGAUGCGCCUAACUCAACUAUAACCAUUCAUCUUCAAGAAUUUGCCACUGAAUGUGGAUGGGAUCAUUUAUACAUCUUUGAUGGGGACAGUGUCAACUCACCACUGCUAGCAGUAUUCAGUGGUUUGAUGUACAAAGACUCCUACAAGAUCCGCCGAGUGCCUGAGGUUGUCGCGCAAAGUGGCGCAGCGUUAGUGCACUUCUUCUCCGAUGACGCAUUUAAUAUGUCUGGGUUCAACAUUACCUAUAGAAUCAAUGCAUGUCCAUCAAAUGUGUCAGGAGUUGAUUGUUCAGGUAAUGGAGUCUGCAUUGAUGGAGUAUGCACAUGUGAUGGUCAUUGGACGGGCACCGCCUGUCAUUUGGAGAAAUGUCCGGCUAAUUGUGGCAGAUCUGAGGGUCGAGGCACCUGCGAACCGGAAGAUGGUUGCAGGUGUACCGCAGGCUUCGAGGGAGAAGACUGCUCACAGUUGACCGUCAAUGGGUACUGGGAGAGUGUGCAACCGAAUGGUUUUAUUCCUCCUGGUUCUGCUUCACAUGGGGCUGCUGUGUGGAAGGAUAGUUUGUAUGUGAUAUCCGGCGAGAGUUAUAACAAGGGCAGUAUGCUCUAUACUUAUGAUUUUAAUGGACAUGUUUGGGAAACUGCGCAUUUAACCCACGGUCCGCAGAUGCGAUAUGCGCACUCCACAGUUCUCUACGGCGAUAAAUUGUUCCUCUACGGUGGAAUUGUUGGUAACCGCGGUCCGACUUCAGAGUUAUGGGCGUUUGAUAUCAACGCCAAGUCUUGGGAGAAUAUCACCGUGCGGCCUGUGUCGUGUAACGGGAGUUAUCUGCUCUGUGGACCUCUCCGCGUUGCUGGACACACUGCUACACUUGUUACUAAUGUUAAAAACAGUAUGGCGGACAGAAUGAUUGUGAUUUUUGGCCAUUCGCCUCUUCUAGGUUAUCUAAAUACAGUGCAAGAAUAUUAUUUUGGUACCCGCGAAUGGCACAUAGUGAAGCCAAGCGGGUUCCCAGUGAAAGGCGGUUAUGGCCACACAGCGGCAUGGGAUUACUACACCGCUAAAAUUUACGUGUAUGGCGGUGUCAUCUCAGAAGGUCAAUCCUCACAAAUACUCAGCAAGAAUCUCUAUUCGUAUGACCCGCAUUCGCGAGUAUGGACGCUUUUGGCCGACGCGCCCAGCGCUCGUUUUUUACAUUCAGCCACGUUUGUUAGCCCCACGCUGAUGCUUGUCUUCGGCGGCAACACGCACAAUGAUACGUCCUAUAACGGCGGCGCUAAGUGCUACAGUUCGGAGAUGAUGGCCUAUGACGCUAUAUGCGACACGUGGCAGUCAAUUGCGGCUCCGGAUCAAAUUCAAAGCGAUCUUGCACGCUUUGGCCAUUCAGCGUCCGUAUUUGAAGGAUCGUUGUAUAUCUAUGGUGGAUUCGAUGGACAAAUGCUAUCGGACAUUAUCAGAUAUCGACCGGGAGGAUGUGAACAUCUAGUCAACCAGCAGGCGUGCCUCGGCACCCGGCCCGGGGUAAAAUGUGUUUGGGAUCAGAAGAACGCCAAAUGCGUUAAUGUCAAGGAGAUACCCAAGAACUUACUAAACAACGACGGUGUUGUGUUUAAAUGUCCCGAGAUGAGUCGCAAUUUUAACGCGCACAGAAUCUAUCAGUAUCAGGACGAGUGCAAGUCCAUGGAGGACUGCAGCAGCUGCGUGCAGAAUACGAGGAAUUGCGUUUGGUGUGCUUCAGGAUGUACUUACAAAAGCUGCAAAGAGAUGGACUCGAAAGGAAUCUCAACAUUGGAUCAGUGCCCAAUCGAUCCCGGAAUUUAUUGCAAAGAGUUGCACACUUGCAAAGCAUGCCAGUCCCAAGACGAAACCAACUACACUUGCAGAUGGAAGUACGAACCCGCCAAAUGCACGGCGUUUAUCGUCCACAACUCGAGCGGAGUAAUGCCCAACGAAGUGGAAGUCGAUGUUGGCACUCAUUGUCCGCGAGUGUGCGCCGAGUACACUUCAUGCCAAAACUGCACUCAGGAAGAGUGCAUUUGGUGUCAGAACGAAGGCAGAUGCGUUGAUAAAAACGCUUACACAUCUAGCUUCCCCUAUGGCCAAUGCCGCGAGUGGACAACUGUGAGUAGCAAGUGCCGCAGCCGUGGAAGUGAAGAGAAGUCCCAAUGCAGCUUUUAUUCAACGUGUGCGCAAUGUAGAGAUGAUCCCGCAUGCGGCUGGUGCGAUGAUGGUAGUCGCACUGGUUUAGGCAAAUGUAUGCCAGGCGGAUAUGCGGGACCCACUCUACACACUCAGUCACUACCAUCCAGCACAUGUCCAUCGGAGCGUUGGCAUUUUACAACUUGCCCAGUAUGUCAAUGCAAUGGACAUGCGUCUUGUAAAGGUAAUUCAAGCACGUGUCUACCGUGCAAGGAUUUGACAGUUGGAGCACAUUGCGAUCGUUGCAUGCCUGGGUAUUGGGGCUCACCCGUGAAUGGCGGAAAAUGCCAACCGUGUGAGUGCAAUGGCCAGGCGACGCAGUGUCAUCCCGAAACUGGCAAAUGUUAUUGCACCACUAAAGGUUUAGGUGGUGAUCAUUGCGAAAAGUGCGACGCGGCGAAUCACUACUUUGGCGACCCGACAAACAAAGGAUUCUGUUACUACGACCUGACCAUCGAUUAUCAAUUCACAUUUAAUCUGUCCAAGAAGGAGGACAGGCACUAUACGCAGAUUAACUUCCGAAAUUCGCCAAACAAACCCGACGUGGAUGCUGAUUUCACCAUCACUUGCUCGGUGCUGGCGAAGAUGAACAUCACUGUGAAGAUACCAAACUCGAAAGAGGAAAAGGCGAUAUUUACAGCGCAGAAUUGCACGACAUUCCGGUCGCGAUUCGCCAAAUCAGAGUAUAACUUUGGAAUGGUGAAUAAUGUAACGCUGACCACCUUCCAUGUCUACGUGUAUGAUUUUCAACCGCCGCUGUGGAUACAGAUUUCGUUCUCGCAGUAUCCCAAGUUGAAUUUGCAACAGUUUUUUAUUACAUUUUCAACGUGUUUCUUGUUUCUGCUGCUGAUUGCGGCGUUCCUGUGGAAGGUGAAACAGAAAUAUGAUAUGUAUCGACGGCGGCAGCGUCUGUUUGUGGAGAUGGAGCAGAUGGCGUCGCGGCCUUUCUCGCAGGUGCUGGUCGAGUUGGAAGUGAAAGACAAGAUGGACACGGAUACGGCGGUGAUUGCAGCACUCGACCGCCUCAAGAGCAAGAAAGAUGCACCUAGUCCCAUAGCUUUAGAACCGUGCAAUGGCAAUCGCGCCGCUGUUUUAAGUCUUCUCGUUCGAUUACCCACAGGUGGUGAACCAUAUACAGUAGUGGGCCAGUCAGCAGGUUUGGCAAUAGCUAGCACGCUGGUCACGCUAGGCAACCCGCGCAAAACAAGCAUCGAGCAGGUAAAGGUCGAGUCCUCCAAGGGCGGCAAGUCGCGCAAGUCGCAAUCGCAGCACCCCGACGUCGGAUGCCUUUAGUACUCACUCACACCCUGCUGUACUACAAGUACACACUAGUUUUAUUUGUGUCUCCGAAAAAUUGAAUUCUCGAAUUCGAAUCUCAGUUCUAGUAAUUUAUUGCGUAGACUUUUCGUUUUAUUAUUUUUUUUUAAAUGCGAUGCCAACAACGAUGCCAGUUUUAUUAUUCACAAACGAUCGAACAAAGGACGCGCCGGACACAAAGCAAAAGUAGAUGAGAUCCAGGAGUGAUAACGAUAUUUUGUAAGCAUGGUAGGCCUAAAAUUAGAACACAAACCGAACAAAGUCACACACUGAUCAAAACAUAUUUACAAAACAAAAAGCAAUAUACUUAGAGGUUAAUAGUGGUAACAUGGAGUUGAAAUGCUCAAUACUGACAUGAAAUACUCAGCAAACACAUCACAAUCUCAACUGACUUCAAUGAUCAACCUUUCACACUUUGCCAGCGUGCAAACUCUGUGCUGCGCUUUGAAUUAUUUUUAGUUUGUCGUUGCGUGAAAUUUGCAUUUUUUUUCGAUGGCGAUAAGGGGUUAGACACAUGUUUUUAGAAAGAAAGUGAUUUUUAUUCAAAAUGGCGGAUAGUUUAACCUUAACUUAAAUGAAUUAACCUUAAAAUUGAAUUAACCCCUUUUGGAAUUGUGAAUAUUCGAAUAUGUGUUAGCGAAAUUUAGCGAAAAAGUGUGUGGAACCAAGUGCGAGACUGAUUGGCUACGAAACAAAAACUAACAAACGCGAUCACGGAUAUGUACGAAAUAAUCUAAAGAGGAUAAAUAACUAAAAGUAUUUUUCAAAACAAGACUAUAAUUUUACCGGAGACGUAUUCUCCUCGUCUUGUUCCGUAGCGUUUUUUUUUUCUCUCAUUGAUUUCUCGAAUUCUGUGGUUCUCUUUAUAUAUUAUUAUAUUAUUAUUAUUACUGCCAUUAUCGCACCGAUGAUAAUACUUGUUUCGUGUUUAUUUUAUUACAUAUUUAAUGUUUUUUUUUUAUAUAUUAAUCGAAGGCAGAUGAGAAGAGAGGAAUUCCAUGUAUAUGUAAAUAUGAUGUUUUUCUUUUUUAUUUAGUUAUAUAUUUUGGUGGCGCCCUCCUAAGUGCCGCGCAUUUUAUAUAGUGAUGAACAAAUGUUUAAUCUUUUUAGAAAUGAAAAAUUGCUAAAAUUGUACAA